AUGAUUUUUACACCAGAAUCGACGCCCAUACGGUCCUUGGGACCCUUCUUGACCGAACCAAAACAACAGGCGCAAAUCCUUCCCCACGGGAACCAGCCCACUACCCCUGCUCCAGAGACCCCGCCAGAGGCAUCCCCAAGAAGCCGGCACAGCCUUCAAGAGGUCCAGGAAAUCAUCGAAGGGAUGCAAACUAGACACCAGUAUCUCAGCAAGGCCCAUGCCGCCAUCUAUGGCUUGGGCCCUCAGAUGGAUUCCUACCACAAAUUGUACAUGGACUGGAACCAAAGAAGGAUGUUGGAAGCCAAAGCCGCCGGGAGAACCUUUGUCACCGGCCCCAUUGAUAUAUUGCCGGAAACUUGGCGGCCCCCCUCGAAACCCUAUGCCGCCUCCGAGUUGCCAACUGCAAUUUGCAGAAGGACCCCGCCUCCGGCCCUCGACACCAACUUGAUUUGGGACACUUUGCAACGACCUCAAAACCUGAAGGUGUUCCCAACUUUUAUACUCGACCCCACCACCCGAUUCUCACUUGUUGAAGAUGAAGAGGACGACGACCAUCCCCCCAACAACACCACUCGGCGAAGCGUCCCCUUUCUUUUCCUGUUGCGCAGGUCAAACGAAUCAAAUUCAACAAUGAUUCCUCCGACUCCAACACUUCUGGCAGCGCGCCGGACACCUCCAGGGAAUCGACCCCGGAGCAAACUGAGGAUGCAUCAGCGUCGCAUGUAA